AUGAAGAUCAAGAUUCCCAACAAAGUUCAUCAGUGCGAUAUAUUAAUUCAUGUUCGUGAUAAUCAAGAUGGUAUAAGGGUAUUUGUUUGCAGUUUACUAGUAAUUGACGUGACAACUCGUUUCAAGGCUGGACGUUCAUUAACAUCAAGAAAUAGUUUGGAAGUUUGGAAUGCAAUCAAAGAAAUAUAUGAAGAUCCUGCCAAUCCCCUUACCUGGCCAACAUUGUUAAUGACUGAUGGUGAUGCAACUUUUCGUGGAUCAUUCUCUCAAGGAAUGGAACAAUAUAAUGUUGUUAUAAGAGUUGUUGAUACUUACA